CCGGGGAGGAGGCGGAGAGACGUAUGAAAGGGCCACCUCUCCUUGGGGAGGUGGUGGAGAGGGGUCCUGAGGGUGGUGGGGGCUGGUGGGGGCGGAGGAGGGCGGCGCCAGGGCCAGGCGCACGGGCCGCGGGCAGGGUGGGGGGAACAGAGCGUCCUGGGAGGGGCGCCGCUGGCUGGGGAGGGGGCGCGCGCGCCUGAGGUCCUCUGCGCCGCAUCCGUUCCCGGCGCGGGGUCGCGGCGGCGGUGGGAGGUGGAGGAUGAGGGCUUCGGUGGCGGCGCGGGCCCGGGAGGACGCGGGAGGAUGAGGAGGAGGCCGGCGGUCCGGCCGCGCGGCGCCGGGAGGAGGCGCAGGCGGCGGGGGCGGCGGCGGGCGGCGGCGGGCGCGCGGGGUGCGGGCCGGCUCGGGCGCGGAGGAUGAAGUGGAGCGUCCGCGGGGCCUGCGCCGCGCUCUCCUCCUGCCUCCUGCUCGCCUGCGCGCUCAGCGCCGCCGCCGUCGGCCUCAAGUGCUUCUCGCUAGGGUCGGAGCUGCGCGGGGAGCCGUUCCGGCUGGGGGCCGCCGCUGGCGCCUUCUACUCGGGGCUGCUGCUGGCCGCCGGUCUCUCGCUGCUCGGCGCCGCCCUGCUCUGCUGCGGGCCCCGGGACGCGCCCCUCGCAGGGCCGGGGCAGGGCCCGGGGCUCGGGGUCCCUACUGCCCCGGCAGGGGCUCCAGAGGCCACUCCAGGCGAACCGGGGGUCGCGACCGGGCCCUCGGGACCGAUGAACAGCCAGAACCUGCUCUUGCUCGGAGUCCUCGUCUUCAUGCUGGGGGUCCUCAGCGCCUUCGCGGGCGCGGUGAUCGACGGCGACACCGUGUCGCUAGUGGAACGCAAGUACUCCCACUACUGCCUGCCUCCGCGGUCUCCAGCCGCAGCCCCCGGCUCCGCAGUCCCGGCCCCGGGCCCGGCCCCCAGCGCGCCGCGCUCCCGCAGCACCCUGGACAGCGCCACGUCCGCCAAGUGCCGCCAGCUGAAGGACUACCAGCGCGGCCUGGUGCUUUCCACAGUCUUCAACUCGCUCGAGUGCCUCCUGGGCCUGCUCAGCCUCCUGCUGGUCAAGAACUACAAGUCGUCGCAGGCCCGGCGUGGCCGGCGAGGCCGGCGGAGGGCCAGCCGGGCCCUGGCGCGGCCCCGCGGCGGCCCCGGGCUUCGCGCGCAGCCGUCGGCCUCUCGGGCGCGACGGGGCCGGCGGGGCCGGCGGGGGCGGCGGCUGCAGCCGCGGCCGAGCGAGGCCUCCAUCCUGUCUCCGGAGGAGUCGGACUUCAUCGCCCCCGGGGACUGCGCAGGCUUUGCGGCGCACCACGCCGUCUCCUACAUCAACGUGGGCGUCUUCCACGCUUUGGACGAGGCGGGUGUGGAGGUGUGUUGUGGCGGGCACCCAUCGGUGGAGCUGCCAGGGUACGCACCCUCAGACCCCGACCUCAACGCCUCCUACCCCUACUGCUGUCGGCCGCCCUGCGAAGCGGCGCUCCCCUGGGAGCCCAGUCGGGCCUGCUGAGUCCCGGGCCGGACCCCCCACGGACCGCGCCCCAGCAUUUCCACCGGACCCCCAGCAGCUAGGGAGGGCGGGAGGCUGGGCGGGUCCAGAGCCAGGCCUCGCUGGGGCAUCUUCCACAUGGCUUUGUAUACUCUGGACUGGCUCCUCUGAGGGCUUGGAGUCCACGGGAGAGGUCCUCCGGUGUUGCCAUUUGUGUCCAGGAGGUGUCUCUUCUUUUCUGUGUCGUCCGUAUUCGGAUUCCAUUUUCAAGUUUACAAUAAAUGUUUCAGGGUGGGCCGGACCGCCGGUGGGCCCGCCCGCCCGUUUGCACUUCCCAUGCGGUUCCCUGAGACCACGCUCCUCUUGGAGGUCCGAGGCGAAGGGAAGAGCUGGGUGAUCCGCGCAGAGGAAGCACCUCGGCGGGAGGACGGAGAGACAUGGAACAGCGCCCACAGCGAUUUUGUACACGGAUGUGCCUGCCUUUGUCGGUACUUUCUUACUGUAAAGCUCUCCAUAAACAGUGAAAAUGUUUGGUAAAUUUAUUGCAACUUAAAAUUGGUGAGUUCCUUUAUUAAAUUAAUCGCUAUAUUAUCGGAGAAUAUUGAUCAGAUUGAAAUCAGAGGAUUUGUCUGUACACAGAUCAGUUUUGAGUGAAAUGGUUGAAUUUGGUCAACUGUUGACUGAAAGUUGUAGUCUACUAGCUAGUUAACUAAAUCCAACCCCUUUCUGAAGCUAACUUUCUGUGUGAAUAGAAACACAGAUACCAUGCCCAGUACAUUUUUGUCUGUCUGUUUUGGAAACCGGAGGUGUGGUUUUUACUGCAAAGCAGAAUUUAGUUUUGGUUAAUGUACACGAACAAACUUAUCCUAUUUUGGAAAAUCACAGUCUUAGUUUUUCUGGCAAAGAUAAUUUUCCUGUUGAUUAAUUCAUUAAUCUGGUAAUUUUGGAUAUUACAGCAUUUCAUUUAAAAUAUACCCCUUGAAUAGCCUUAAUUGAUGUGAAGGUCAUCAUACUUUUAAAUUAUUAGAGUAUAUGUGUGUCAUAUUUAUGCACGUGAUAUGAAAGGAGCUCCAUACAAUGGUAGGGUGUAUUUCUGUCUGGUGAGGUGGCUGAGAGCCAGGUAGGCUCUGAGUCUUGGGAAAAGGUGAUCCAACUCCCACAUGCUUGGAAUGGAGGCCACUGUCUCAACACAGAGCCCACCCUGGCCCAAAAAAUGUUUGUCUCCUGCAGAUGGACAUGAGGAUGUAGCCAGUGGUCUUAUGGGUGAGUGCCAACACAGAGCACUUCAGCAGAGGGAAGCUUUUGAAAUUGUGUGUAAUAUCUUCACAGUAUGUAGGAGUCUACUUCUAGCUGUGAAAAAGUAGCCAAAUUUAACUAUGGGGAAUAAUUUCCAAGUGCAGGCUCUGGGGGAAGACCUCUCCCCAGUUCCCAGUUGCCCAAACCUAGAGCUCCUCAGCACCCCUACAGACCAGGGCCCCUGUCUCAGCAGAUACUUGGCUGGGCUGUCCUGUGGCAGCAGAGACCACUGGAGGGAGGAGGCCCCAGUUCCAUUUCCAUGAAGAGAAGUGAGACCUGUCACCAGUUAGUAGGUUGAUCUAUGGAGGUGGCAAACCUGUCCUCACUGAUGCUUAGGCAAUUGCUACAAAACAUGGAAAUCUGUUCAAAGAAGCUAAUGUCCUCUCCUUGCUGUGUUGAUACCACCAGGGAAGAAAAUUUGCAUGUGGCCAGUUUAUCAGGUUGUCACCCACAGGCUUCUCCAGAUAGUGGGGGCCUAUUAGGCCUUUGCUUUCCCCCAGGUGGUGGGAUGAGAAAGAAGGUUCUGCUGAACUGAGGAUGAGUUUCCUGAGUAUUCCCACUGUCCUUCCUUACAGCCCGUCCGCCGCCCCCCCGACCCCAUGCCCCAGGAAAACUAGCGCACAGGCUAUCAACCUAAGUAGAAAUGUGUCACAUGGCUUGGCAUAGCACAGUGGUUAGGGAGCCAGCCACAUACACCAAGGCUGGCAGGUUUGAGCCCAGCCCAGGCCUGAUAAACAACAAUGACAACUGCAACAAAAAAUAGCCGGUGUUGUGGCGGGUGCCUGUUGUCCCAACUAAUUAGGAAGUUGAGGCAAGAGAAUCUCUUAAGCCCAGGAGUUUGAGGUUGCUAUAAGCUGUGAUGCCAUGGCAUUCUAAGACUCUGUCUCAAAAAAAAAAAAAAAAAAAAGAGAGAGAGAGA